CUUUUCAAAUACACAGAGCGUUUCUCGAUCUCAACCAGACAACGAGGCAACGCGCCGGCCACCACUUGUCCACGUGCCUGCGAUGAUGCGGAUCCGAAUCCACACAGAUGCGAGUGCGCGAGCAAACAAGACAACGACGACGACCUUCAAUUUCACCUCCACUCUUCCUCUUCAAUCCACCCAGACAACCUCCUAGAUCCAAUCCAAUCCACACGUCAGCUCGUGACGAUCAUCAGCAGCCAUGUCCGGCGACGCGGCGCCGCACGUCGUGGAGGACUUCUUCGGGGCCGUCCAGCUCCUCAGCGACGGCACCGUCGUCCGCGGCGACGAGGCGCUUCUGAUGCCGGCGGAGCCGUUCCCGGACGUUCCGGGGGUUGAGUGGAAGGACGCCGUGUACGACACGGCACGCGGCCUCAAGGUCCGCCUGUACAGGCCGGCGGCGGCAGACGCCGGCGACGGAGGUAGCAACAUCAAGCUGCCGGUGCUGGUGCACUUCCACGGAGGCGGCUACUGCAUCGGCUCCUACAACCAGCUCGGAGGGGGCGACCACCUCCGGCGCCGCCUCGCGGCCGACCUCCCCGCGCUCGUCCUCUCCGUCCAGUACAGGCUCGCCCCCGAGCACCGCCUCCCGGCGGCGAUCGAGGACGGCGCGACGUUCCUGUCCUGGCUGCGCGGGCAAGCGUCGCUCGCCGCCGCAGGCGGUGUCGGUGCCGGUGCCGAGGCCGAGCCGUGGCUCGCGGAGUCGGCCGACUUCGCCCGGACGUUCCUGUCGGGCGUCUCGGCCGGCGCCAACCUGACCCACCACCUGGCGGUCCGUGCCGGCUCCGGACAGGUCGACCUCGCCCCGGUGCGCCUCGCCGGGCACGUCCUCCUGUCCUUGUUCCUCGGCGGCGUCCAGCGGACGGCGACCGAGUCGGACCCUCCGGACGGCGUCUCGCUGACGGUCGCCAUGUCGGACCAGCUCUGGCGCAUGGCGCUGCCGGUCGGGGCGAGCUUGGACCACCCGCUGGCCAACCCGUUCGGCCCCGACAGUCCAGGCCUGGAGAACGUGGCGCUGCCGCCGGUGCUCGUCGAGGCGCCCGAGGUCGACGUGCUCCGCGACCGCGUGCUGCUCUACGCGGCGCGGCUCAGGGAGAUGGGGAAGGACGUGGAGCUCGCCGAGUUCGAGGGGGAGCAGCACGGCUUCUCCGUCCGGCGGUGGGGCCAGGCGAACGAGGAGUUGAUCAGGAUCUUGAAGCGGUUUGUACACCGGUGUUCCACUUGAAGUGACCGGCGCUGACGCCGGCGGCCCGGCCUACGGUUGAAGUGUCGUCCUCGUCGAGUUGGUGCUGGUCGCCUUUCCGUUCUUGUUCGCGUUGUGUUUUUCGCUCCGCAUUCGUCAAGUCGCUGUCGUUGUUUUUGCCAAGUUUUAAUAAUGGCCAUGCUCCAAUAACCGACGAUGCUAUCGGGGAAUUGGCUAAAAAUCCAGCGAAAUCACGAUCAGAUGCGAGCUGCCGUCGGGCGGGCGUUGGGUUCUGGGUUACUGGAUCCGGUUCUAGCCGAACUAAUUGGUUUUUUUCAGCAAAGGUUAAUACAAUAGGGCCUUGUUUAGUUUA